UUCAACAGCUUUGAGCAGCUCUGCAUCAAUUUCACCAAUGAGAAGCUGCAGCAGUUCUUCAACCACCACAUGUUUGUGCUGGAGCAGGAGGAGUACAAGAAGGAGGGCAUCGAGUGGGAGUUCAUCGACUUUGGCAUGGACCUACAGGCCUGCAUUGACCUCAUCGAGAAGCCCAUGGGUAUCAUGUCCAUCCUGGAGGAGGAGUGCAUGUUCCCCAAGGCCACUGACAUGACCUUCAAGGCCAAGCUGUAUGACAACCACCUGGGAAAGUCCAACAACUUCCAGAAGCCACGCAAUAUCAAGGGAAAGCCGGAAGCCCACUUCUCCCUGAUCCACUAUGCUGGCACUGUGGACUACAACAUCCUGGGCUGGCUAGAGAAGAAUAAAGACCCGCUCAAUGAGACAGUGGUGGGCUUGUACCAGAAGUCCUCUCUCAAGCUCAUGGCCACACUCUUUUCCUCUUAUGCUAGUGCUGAUACCGUGGAUAGCAGUAAAGCCAAAGGAGGCAAGAAAAAGGGUUCAUCCUUUCAGACGGUGUCGGCCCUCCACCGGGAGAAUCUGAACAAGCUGAUGACCAACCUGAGGACCACCCACCCUCACUUUGUGCGCUGCAUCAUCCCCAAUGAACGGAAGGCUCCUGGAGUGAUGGACAACCCCCUGGUCAUGCACCAGCUGCGUUGCAACGGCGUGCUAGAGGGUAUCCGCAUCUGCAGGAAGGGCUUCCCCAACCGUAUCCUCUACGGGGACUUCCGGCAGAGAUAUCGCAUCCUGAACCCAGCGGCCAUCCCUGAGGGGCAGUUUAUUGACAGCAGGAAAGGGACAGAGAAGCUGCUGGGCUCCCUAGACAUCGAUCACAACCAGUACAAGUUCGGCCACACCAAGGUGUUCUUCAAGGCAGGGCUGCUGGGGUUGCUGGAGGAGAUGCGGGACGAGAGGCUGAGCCGCAUCAUCACUCGCAUCCAGGCCCAAGCCCGGGGCCAGCUCAUGCGCAUUGAGUUCAAAAAGAUGGUGGAGCGCAGGGAUGCGCUGCUGGUAAUCCAGUGGAACAUUCGAGCCUUCAUGGGGGUCAAGAACUGGCCCUGGAUGAAGCUCUACUUCAAGAUCAAGCCACUGCUGAAGAGUGCAGAGACGGAGAAGGAGAUGGCCAACAUGAAAGAGGAAUUUGGGCGCAUCAAAGAGGCGCUGGAGAAAUCCGAGGCUCGCCGCAAGGAGCUUGAGGAGAAGAUGGUAUCCCUGCUGCAGGAGAAGAAUGACCUGCAGCUCCAAGUGCAAGCGGAACAAGACAACCUUAACGAUGCAGAGGAGCGCUGCGACCAGCUGAUCAAGAACAAGAUUCAGCUAGAGGCCAAGGUGAAGGAGAUGACCGAGCGGCUAGAGGACGAGGAGGAGAUGAACGCCGAGCUCACCGCCAAGAAGCGCAAGCUGGAGGAUGAAUGCUCUGAGCUCAAGAAGGAUAUUGACGACCUGGAGCUGACGCUGGCCAAAGUGGAGAAGGAGAAGCAUGCAACAGAAAACAAGGUGAAGAACCUGACAGAGGAGAUGGCUGGGCUGGAUGAGAUCAUCGCCAAGCUGACCAAGGAGAAGAAAGCUCUGCAAGAGGCUCACCAGCAGGCCCUGGAUGACCUUCAGGCAGAGGAGGACAAGGUCAACACCCUGACCAAGUCUAAGGUCAAGCUGGAGCAGCAGGUGGAUGAC